ACAGACCAUUUUUCUUCAAUAGACUUAAAAAUAAUAAUGGGUUUCACAAAAAUCGUAGUGACUUUCUUUCUUGUAGUUAUGUUGGCUGUUUCGUCGUCCUCCCAAAACGCUAUGGCAUCAGAGAUCAAAGCAAAGAUCAAUGGACUAGAAUGCUUUAAUACAUGUACGCCUUAUUAUGAUGAUUAUAAAUGCAAUGUGGACUGCCUAUCAUCGGGCUACCCGGCAGGAGAUUGUCAUAUCGUGUCUCCUUCUCAACCUAAAAAAUGUUGUUGUUAUUAAUUAAAAUUGAUGAUCCGGUAAUUUCCUUAUGUUUUUCCUUAUAACUAUGAGAAGCAUGUGGUUAAUUUCUCUUGUAAUAAAAAUUCCAUGAAAAUAAAAGCCAUCUUUCAAAUA